CGUAGGGCUGCAUGUGAUUGGCCGCGGGGCUGCAUUAGUCGUUCAGACUCGGCGUCCCUGUUCACGCCAGACAGCAAACCGAAAUGGCCGCGCCAGCAGAGAGGAUGGAGGUUUCUCAGGGGGAGAGCUCAGCCAAGCCUUCAGCGGAGGAUAUGACAUCAAAAGACUACUACUUUGACUCAUACGCCCACUUUGGCAUCCAUGAGGAGAUGCUUAAAGAUGAGGUUCGCACGCUGACCUACCGCAAUUCCAUGUUCCACAACAAGCAUCUGUUUAAGGACAAGGUGGUGCUCGACGUGGGCAGUGGGACCGGCAUCCUCUGCAUGUUUGCAGCAAAAGCUGGAGCCAAGAAAGUUAUAGGGAUAGAGUGCAGUAGCAUCUCAGACUAUGCUGUGAAAAUUGUCAAGGCCAACAAGAUGGAUGAUGUUGUAACCAUCAUCAAAGGGAAGGUGGAGGAAGUGGUCCUGCCUGUGGACGGAGUGGACAUCAUCAUAUCAGAGUGGAUGGGUUACUGCCUCUUCUAUGAGUCUAUGCUCAACACAGUCCUUUAUGCCAGGGACAAAUGGCUGAAACCAGAUGGACUCAUUUUCCCAGACAGAGCAACUCUGUAUGUUACUGCCAUCGAGGACAGGCAGUACAAGGACUACAAAAUCCACUGGUGGGAGAACGUGUAUGGUUUCGACAUGUCUUGCAUCAAGGAGGUGGCAAUUAAGGAACCCUUGGUUGACGUGGUGGACCCCAAACAGCUGGUCUCCAGUGCUUGUCUCAUCAAGGAAGUGGACAUCUACACGGUGAAGGCAGAGGACCUGUCCUUCACAUCGCCGUUCUGCCUGCAGGUGAAGAGGAACGACUACAUUCAUGCUCUGGUUACCUACUUCAAUAUCGAGUUCACCCGCUGCCACAAGAGGACGGGCUUCUCCACAAGCCCAGAGUCUCCCUACACCCACUGGAAGCAGACCGUUUUCUAUCUGGAUGACUACCUGACCGUCAAGACUGGUGAGGAGAUCUUUGGGACCAUCAGUAUGAAGCCGAAUGUCAAGAAUAACAGAGACCUGGACUUCACCGUAGACAUUGACUUCAAGGGUCAGCUGUGUGAGGUGUCCAAGACGUCCGAGUACAGGAUGCGUUAGCAGUCCUGUUAGUUUCUGUGGUAGAGGACAGAUUUGGUUUGAAUCGGGGUCUCGUACCAUAGUUUGACGUUCUCGUGCAGCAACAUUUUUAAAGGCGGUUCUUUUUGUUUGUUUUACAUUUUAUUCCAACAUUAACAGUAUUUAAUAGGUUUUUUCACUUUCUUGGAGUCAAAGUUGAUCAGUGUGGUAAUUAAUUGUGCAGUAGUCACUCAGCUAAAGUGCAGUGUGCUUAAGUGAUUGUCCAACAUCCCACUUUUGUCCUUUUUUGAAUGUGUAAAAUCCACAAAGACACAAACUAGUCGUCUGCACAGUGUUUAUCACUUUUGGCUCCUAUGGUCAGAAUGUGACCCUGCUGAUCUGACCUUGAUUCUGUUGUAGGCGUGGCUGGUUGAGUAUGUAUAUUCAGAAGCCCCGCCUCCUCCACUCGUGCUAGCUAAGAAUUGAGCUGGCAGGAAAGCGUUCCACCGACACCUCCGACCCCCUUCAAACCAAAAUACACCGUCUGAGUUUGUUCAUGUAGCUUAAGAAGCAACAACGUUCAGACAGCUGUGCUGUAACUGUACUGACGCUGUUACAGCGUGUGUGUGUGUGUGUGUGUGUGAGGUGAGACUGGAGAAACAUUUCCACAUCACACAACAGCGUUUCAUGUGUUCACCGCGCUGUGAACAGCUCUGAUUCAGUGAAAUGUUUUGAAGACGUAAGCUGCACAUUCUACACAUUUGACCGAGUCUGGUUUGUGUGACAGUUGUGUUGCAGCUUCUGUCCUGCACACACACACACACACACACACACUUAAGAAAAAGCCACACUUGAGUAACUUGAGUGUCGACUGUUCCUCUGGAUUCUCACUCACACACUUGGGUUUUUUUCCUUUUGUAUUUUUGUUUUUUUUGUUGUCUGCUUUUUUAAAAAAAUAAAACUGAAGUAUAAAUGUAA